UCUUUCUCCCUCCCGCGGGGGAGGCCGGAACGUUUGUGCCGCGGCUGCUGUUUCCGCCUGGACCCUGCGCCGCGCUUCACACCGGAAGGAAAGUCGGCGGCGCUGGACCGGUCGCAGCGGGGUGCGCGCGCGCCUCUCGCUCUCGCGGGGAUGUCGAGGCGCCGGCGGUUCCUGGAAGGGGCGGCUCGGGCGCUGAUGGGCACGUGCCCGGCUCAGGCCCGAUUCCUGAUGUGGACGCUUCAUUCCAAAAAAGAUAACAAAACCAACAGAGAAAGGAUAUGCCCUUACUGUUUCCAGUUUCUGGUUCCUGAUAACCACAGAGUACGUCUCAAACCCAAGAUGAAACUGACUCCACGGAUACAGAAACUUCUUAAUCGGGAGGCAAAGAACCAUAAACUCAAUUUGAAACAGACAAAGCUUUUGAAAAAGUACAAGGACUCAAGAAGUGUUCUGCUGGUUACUUGCAACACAUGCAACAAAACAACAAGACAUCAUGGUAAAAGCAGAGAUUUUCUGGCAACAGCAACAAGCCGUUCUGGUACUCCGAUGUGUAAACCAGACCCAAAGACUCCAAUAUCUGCAAACAAAAUGACACCUUUAAACCACAGUAAAUCUGGAUCUACAAGCAAGAGUCCAGCAUCAACUUCCAGAACAUGCAUGUCUGGACAGUCACCAUCCAGUUCUUUCCCCAAGACUCCCAAAAACACUAAAUUUCAUUUUACUCAGCUAAAAUGGUUGCUUAAUCUUGAAGAAAAACAAAAGAGCCAGAAGAAGAUGGACCUGAAAAACUUCUUGUCUUCACUUUGAAAUACUGAAUAAUUACAAGAGUCAUGAUAAUGGUUACAGUAGAAGUGGCUAAAAUUGGGCCAGUAAAUGAACUAAAUUAGUGGCUGCUUUAUUAAUUGUUUUAUAAACUUAGAAACAAUUUUUGUUAAUACUGGUUUAAUUUCUGGCUGUGGUAAGACCUUCAGCAUGUAGGGGAGAUUUAAAUACAUUGUUUGGAAACAGUCUCUGUACUUUUAUAUAGAUUCCCUACCAGAGGAUAUUGCUGGAAUAAUAAGGUAAUAAGCCAAGUCUUGGAAGCCUGUACUUGUUUCAUAAUCUUUAAUGGCUCUGGAAUUAAAAGACAAAAUCUGUUCUUGGACCAGAUUGGCUUGCGCUGUAGCAAUCAGUGUAAUGGUUUCUAAAAUAGGAUCCUGUACCACAGUAGAACUUGCAGAGGAUCUGCUUAUCUCUAAUUCUUUCCAGAUCUGUGCUGUGAAUGGUUGCUUCCUUUCUGUUCCAGUCCUCAUUCUUGUUUUGGCACCACUAAAGCGACAAAUAAAAUGAUUCCACUUGUCCCUUGAA